GACACGGUCUUUGAGGCCGUUCCCUGUUGUAGCAUGCCAGGCAAUUACUCCCCGACCAUUCUAAUCCGUCUGAGCAUUGCUCGUCUUCGCCUAGGGGCGUUGGAUCGCAUAGCUGUGAACGUCGCAGCUGAUGGAGCUUGCCUUGGAGGAGAUAUGAGUACCAAAGCAUGCCACGCGACAAGUGAAUGGUGCUCAAAUGAACAAUGACGACCACGAGAUGGCUUCCUCUCAGCUAUAGUAUUUCCAUUCACUUCAUGGCAGCCAAGCUUCGCUACAGCGCAGACAAGCAUUUUCGGCGCCGAACAAGCUUCGUCCGAUCAGCAAUACAGCUGCGCUCCACGUUUCGGGAGCGGCCUCACAGACGACUCCGACUUGCCGCCUACAUCUAGUCACUGCCUCA